AUGGAUAUCGAAUUUAUGAAACCAGUUAAGCCUUUAGUUUUCAAGGCUUUAAAAGACGUCGAUAUUGCAACUUUAAUAAAAUGCACACCGGAUGAAAUAAGACCGAUCAUACCAUGUCUAGUCCGUAUGGCUCUUAUAGCACCUCUUGAUAUAACUAGAUAUUGUGCUGAAGCUAAGAAAGACAUCCUGACUCUACUAUCUGGUAUUGAUCUAGUAAACUUCAUUGUAUCCUUACUGUCUAUUGAAUUCCAUGCUCUAGAAGUGGAUCUAAAGAAAGAACAACAAAUGCGCUUAAAAAGUGGAUCCCAGAAUACUGAAUCCUUUCUAAUACAGAAUGUAGUAAAUGGAAUUGCAAAUGAUUUUGAACAAUCUGAUUCUGCAAGAAGAGUUCGACUAGUUCUCUCUGAGUUGUUGCAGAUGCAAGCACAGUUGGCAGAGUAUAAUCAGAAUAAAAAUUCAAAUUCUGAAUCUUCUAUAAAACCCUCUGAACUAUUUGAUAAUGAAGUGUAUCUUGAAGAAAUAACUGAUGUUAUUUGCAUAAGUCUUGCUGAAUUACCAAAUCUGUUAAAUAUAUGUGAAAUUGUUGAAGUAUUACUGCAUGUGAACAAAGGACCAAUUAUUAUUUCUUGGGUUGUAGCGAAUAUGCCGGACACACUUUUAGAUGUGGCAGAAUCCUUGGUUUUAAAUGCUGAAAGAGGAGAAGAAGGUGGGAUUAGAGCCAAAACGUUAUCCACAUUAUGUGACGCCUGUCCCUAUAUUGCAACAGCUGUUAGAGCAAAAGCUGUAUCUGCUUCCAGACUACCAUGUUUAAUAAUAAACCUCACUUUAACACAUCAUCAAGACUUGGUAUCCUUCAUAUCUGGUUUGCUAUUGGGUUCAGACCAGAGUACCAGAGCAUGGUUUGCAACAUUCUUACGUAACUCCCAUAAAAGGGGGAAAGGAGAUGGUCAUGCAAUAUUAGUGAAGUUGCGCCAAGAACUUCUAAUUAGAUUAAAAGAAGCUUCAGCUGGGGUUGAUGCAUCUGCAUUAUUAAGAUUAUAUUGUGCCUUGAGAGGAAUCGCGGGAAUAAAAUUUCAAGAUGAUGAGGUGUCCGGACUUUUACGACUUGUGACACAGAAGCCACCACCGACCCCAGCUGGUGUGAGAUUUGUUUCCUUGAGUUUAUGUAUGAUCCUAGCAUGUCCUUCACUAAUGGCUGCUCCUGAACAUGAGAAGAAAGCAAUUGAAUGGGUACAAUGGCUUGUAAAGGAAGAAGCUUAUUUUGAAAGCAAUUCAGGCGUCACAGCUUCGUUUGGGGAGAUGUUGCUGCUAAUAGCAAUCCAUUUCCACUCUGGCCAACUGACGGCCGUCGGUGAACUAGUCUGUGCUACUCUUGGCAUGAGGGUCCCCGUGCGACCCAACGGACUGGCGAGGAUCAAGCAAGCCUUCACACAGGAAAUAUUUACUGAGCAGGUCGUUACUGCACACGCUGUUAAAGUUCCUGUCACUGCAAAUCUUAACAGCAACAUAUCCGGUUAUUUGCCUGUACAUUGUAUUCACCAAUUACUGAAGUCGCGAGCAUUUUCAAAACACAAAGUGCCCAUAAAAAAUUGGAUAUAUAGCCAAAUUUGCAACUGUAUUGCUCCCUUACAUCCAGUAAUGCCAGCCCUCGUCGAAGUUUACGUCAAUUCUAUUCUGGUUAUUAAUAAUAAAGGAACAAACGAAUACUUCAAUAAGCCAAUUACAGAAGAAGAAAUACGCAGGGUAUUCCGAAAAUCUAUUUUUGGUGUUAAUUAUGACUCAAACAGCAAACCAUUCACUUCUAUGGAUAUUGAUAGUGAAUCCACAGUUGACAUAAACAUUGAGAAACCAACUCUAGCCUCACAACUAUUAUUAAUUUAUUACCUGCUUCUGUACGAAGAUGUAAGAUUGGCUAAUACAGCUAUUCUGAUUGCUAAUGGAAGAAAAGUUAAAAGUUAUUCAACAACAUUUCUUUCGGAAUUGCCAAUAAAGUAUUUGCUACAUCAAGCCCAAAAGGAUCAAAUGAGUUAUGGUGGUCUUUUCAGCCCGCUACUUCGUUUGCUUGCGACUCAUUUUCCGCAACUGUCACUCGUAGAUGAUUGGAUGGAUGACCAGGUCUUUGGAGAUUCCUGUCGUCACCAAAUAGACAUUAAUCUUUCAGAAGUAUCUAUAAAUGAGGCAUUCCAGUGCAUUGAAGAAAAUCCAUAUAAAACUGGUAAAAUAUUAAAAGCCAUGCUUAAUAAAAAUCCUACUGACAUAUGGCCUUUCGCAGAAAUAUUUGUUAAAUACGUGAAGAGUGUGUUAGGAAGUAGAGUCCCAAGACAUAUACAAGAACUCUACAGAGAGGUUUGGUUGCGUUUGAAUACUGUUCUACCCCGAUGUUUAUGGAUAUUAACAAUUAACGCAUUGCUGGAUAUAAACAAUGGAUGCGGAAAAUACGUUACCAUAACACAGGAAAACGUUUUAGUUGAUCCUUUACAAGUCCUAAGAUGUGAUAUAAGAGUAUUUAGAUGUGGCCCUAUAUUGAAAAUAAUUCUUAGGAUUUUAGAAGCGAGCUUAGCUGCGUCGAGAAGCCAGUUAAGUCGUCAUUUAUUGGACAAGCCCCUUCUUGAAAAAAGCGGACAAUUGACAUCAGACUCCGAGAGAGAAGAAUUGAAAAAUGCCUUAGUUGCCGCACAAGAAAGUGCAGCACUACAAAUUUUACUAGAAGCUUGUUUGGAGACUGAAGAAGACCAAUCUAAACCCGAACUAAUGUGGUCUUUGAAAGAAGUUCGAAGUAUAAUAUGUUCGUUCCUACAUCAAGUGUUUAUAGCUGAGCCAUCACUCGCAAAAUUAGUACACUUCCAAGGAUAUCCGAGGGAAUUAUUGACAGUAACCGUCCAAGGUAUACCAUCAAUGCACAUAUGUUUAGAUUUUAUUCCUGAACUUCUGAGUCAAGCUUCUCUAGAGAAACAAAUUUUUGCUGUGGACUUGGUAUCUCAUCUGUCAAUUCAGUAUGCUUUACCAAAAGCUAUGUCCAUCGCGAGGUUAUGCGUGAAUACUCUAUCCACACUCCUAUCUGUUCUGCCAAGUGACCUGCGUCUGGAACUUUUUCAACCAGUUUUAAAAUCGCUCGUACGGAUUUGCAUAGCAUUUCCUUCCUUACUUGAAGAUAUAACAUCGUUAUUAUUACAAUUAGGUCGAAUUUGUGAAUCUCAGGUAUCACUUGGCCAUUGUUGGAAUGAUACAAAUAUAUUGGGCGAAGGCGCUUAUGUAUCGUCUGAAGUUCACAAUGACAGUAAAGUAUUACUCGCCGAGGUUUUAUGUAGAGACAUUAAAUCAACAAUGUCAGAAAUUAUACAGAAAGCACUUUUAAAUGAUAAACUGUAUUGA